AUGGCGCGCAUCAGGCUGGAGGACCUGGAUCGGCUGGGCGAGGAGGGCGCGGACGGCGGCGGGGAGGAUAGCGGCGAGGAGGAGGAGGAGGAGGAGCGGGGCCGGUUGUUCGCCCACUGGGAGGCCGUGGCCAGCACGCACCGAGUGAGCCUGCCCCGAGACAUGGCAGGCCCCAUCGUCCAGAUGACCCGGCACAACCAGACUCGCGAGCCCGUGCCGUACGUCACCGUCUCGCAGCACGAGAAGUGCGAGGAAGCAGCCUACGAGGAGCGGCGGUACCCAGCUGGGAAGUGGGCGUGUGUCACCAAGGGGGAGCCCAUGUAUGAGCAGAGCAUCUCCAUGAGCUUCAUGAAGCUCAUGCGCUACAUCUGCAAGGAGAACUCUGUAGGUUGCUAUCUGGGCAUGACAGUCCCAGUGCUCAACGAAAUCCACCUGACCAAGGAGGGGACCGAGCUGGAGCGUGAGGUUGUAACUGCCUAUUAUCUCCCGGGAGAGUUCCAGCAAAACCCCCCUGUUCCCACGGACCCAGAAAUCCACAUCACUGAGAGGGCACCGCUCCGGGUUAUAACCAGGGUUUUCUAUGGGAUGACCACUGAGGAGACGAUUCUGCGAGAGAUUGCUCUCUUCUGGGAGCUCUUGGGCUCCACAGACACUGUGCUCCGGGAAACCUACAUCGUGGCCGUUUAUGAAAAUCCCAGCAUCCCUCAGCGCCGCAAUGAGAUUUGGUUCAUCUGCCGAGCAGAGUGAGUCCCCUCUGUGACCACAAACUGACCUGUGACUGGACCUGGUGUAGAUGGCAGUUCUGACCUAAAGGAGACGAAUGCACAUCCUGACCCACCGUUCACCCACAAAAUGACAGAGCGGGAGACUGCGGGGUGGGUUUGCACUCUGCCCUGUGAGGGCCCAGCCAGGGGAAAAACCUGCCUGGUCUGCACUUCGCCUGUCCCCGCAGGGGCCAGCUGAGGCCGGAGCUGGCACCGGGGAGAGCCUCUGCAGCAGGCUUCUGGUGGGAAGCACGUGGUGGGGGCUCAUGUAAGGCAGUAACUGUGUGGGCUUGUGCAAUGUGCUAGCCUGACUUGGGCUUCUCUCAGCUCUGAGCUGGGGUUGCAGAGCUCUGCCAGGCAUGCUAGUGGGGCUUGUGGAUGGCAGAGUCACAGGCUGGUGGUGUGUAGAAGGCAAACGACUGUGUACGAGGUGUGGGGCUCUGUCUGGGCUCUGGCCUGCUUCCUGUGAGAAUGGCUGCCUCUCCCAAACAGAGCCACUGAAAUGCUGCUACAGGGACGGUGGUGGGGGUUCGAAGUGGGAAAGGGCUCACCACAAGCGAGACGUGGAUCCCAAAUGUUUCCUGCUGGGGUGGCUCUCUUUGGACUGUUGGGUGCCUCCCUGGCUGUCACUCACCAUCCCUCAGCCAGGACCGGGGCGCUGGCAGCCUUUGUCCGUCAGUUGUGGGUGCUGUUUUGCGGACCUGCUGCAAGCUGAGAGGGACAGGUCCUGACAGCAGCAGCAGUGGCACCGCUGUGUGUUGUGUUGUGCAUUGAUCAGCGAGUUUCACAUCCAUGAAUACUGUCAUUCCUUCCUGGGGGAAGCUGGCAGUGCCAACGGUA